AUGUCAAGGCAGACGAGGAUGGGUACACCACUGGGCUACACCACUGUCCAGCUUCCCCGUGAAGUACAACCGGACAACCACGACAAGUUGAUCGAUCUGUUGGACGUCCUCGACUACACGGGCAAGUUCAUCUUCGUCUGCCUCCCAAUGGACCCUGAGUAUUCUGACGGAUAUGGGGUUUUUUCCGAAGUAUGGGGCAUUCACCAGGGUCGUUCCGAAGGACGGGAGGUACGAGAACACAUGUUCGGCGCGCAGCUGCACUUAGGCGGCCCGGCGCUCACGAUUGGCGGCCUCUGGACUGCUCUGUGA